AGUCGAAUCGGGCAGAUCCUAAGCACCCGUGCGUGAGGCAGGAGCCUGCGGUUCACCUCUUUGUUUUUAAAUAAUUGUGGAAACAACUUGUAAUUCAUUUCGAUUAAUAAUCAUCAAAUAGAUCGGAGCGUUUUGAAACAGAUUUGCGGAACGACAAUAUCGGACUCGGAUUCCAUGAAAUAAUAAAAGUAUUAACAGUACUAUCUUCUCCCUCUCUGUAUCACUGGCCUGGUUUAAUUUAUCGGUGUGACAUCUAUUUCCAGAAGUCUAUUCGUUUUGUUUCAUUCACUUUCCCAGCGACUGGCUUCCCGGGGCAGCGGCUUGCGACAUUUCCGUUGCUAAGGUGAGAGGUCACCGGCAGCUUCCGGUACUGGGUUGCGUUGCUUGCCCCGCGGGUUUAGAAACCCGCCCCCGGGUCGAGGGGGCUCCUUCGCUGGGACAUGCUCGGCAGGACGGCCCUCAGGGGCUUCGCGGGGGCCCGAGGAAUCCUGUGCAGGAGGUUCGGCGCCUCACAGAGCCGGAGGGAUGGGGCUGAGAAAGAUAACGAUUCUUUGAAAGAUGUUGCAGAUAAACUUCGACCUCUGUACUUGGAUUUCCAGGCUACCACACCAAUGGAUCCUAGAGUAUUGGACGCAAUGCUUCCUUACCUUGUCAGCGCCUAUGGCAAUCCUCAUUCAAGAACACAUGCUUAUGGCUGGGAGAGUGAAGCUGCAGUGGAGAAAGCCAGAAAGCAAACAGCUGACCUGAUAGGCGCAGAUCCAAGAGAAGUCAUCUUCACCAGUGGUGCUACAGAGUCAAACAACAUUGCCAUCAAGGGUGUUGCAAGAUUUUAUAAAGCCAAGAAGAAGCACAUCAUCACAAGCCAGACAGAGCAUAAGUGUGUAUUGGAUUCAUGCCGUAUGCUUGAGACUGAGGGUUUCGAUGUGACUUAUUUGCCAGUAAAGGCCAAUGGACUUGUAGAUUUAAAGGAACUCGAGGAGGCAAUUCGACCAGAUACGAGUUUGGUGUCAAUAAUGACUGUGAACAAUGAAAUUGGAGUCAAGCAACCUAUAGAUGAGAUCGGUCGUAUUUGCCAAGCUAAGAAAGUAUUUUUCCACACGGAUGCUGCACAGGCUGUUGGCAAAAUUCCUCUGGAUGUGAACAAAAUGAAGAUUGAUCUAAUGUCUAUCAGUGGCCACAAACUUUAUGGCCCUAAAGGUGUGGGUGCAUUUUAUGUCCGGCGUCGGCCCCGAGUACGAGUGGAGGCCAUUCAGAGUGGUGGGGGGCAGGAGCGAGGCUUGCGCUCAGGAACUGUUCCAACUCCUCUGGUGGUUGGGCUUGGGGCAGCAUGUGAGAUAGCCCAGCAGGAGAUGGAGUAUGACCAUAAGCAUGUGUCCAAUCUAGCCAAACGUUUGGUGAUGAAGAUAAUGAAUGCAAUCCCUGACGUGGUUAUGAAUGGGGAUGCAGAGCAGAGAUAUCCAGGCUGCAUUAACCUGUCAUUUGCAUAUGUGGAAGGAGAGAGUUUGCUGAUGGCUUUGAAAGAUGUAGCUCUGUCGUCGGGAAGUGCCUGCACGUCAGCUUCUCUUGAACCUUCCUAUGUGCUGCGAGCAAUUGGUGCUGAUGAGGAUUUGGCACACUCCUCAAUCAGGUUUGGGCUCGGGCGUUUCACAACAGAGGAGGAAGUGGACUACACUGCAGAGAAGUGCAUCCAGCAUGUGCAGAGGCUGAGGGAGAUGAGUCCUCUUUGGGAGAUGGUACAGGAGGGAGUGGACCUAAAAAAUAUUAAUUGGUCUCAGCAUUAGAACAUCCUGAAAAAAACUGACUGUUGGAAUGUCGUCAUGUUCAAUGGCCAGAAGAUAGCCAAUUCGGGAUUCUGCUCGCAAUAAUCUGCGGAACAUUAUUAGUUUACAUAUAAGUAGGUAAACGAAGAUGAACUUGAUAUACCUUCAGUAUCAAGUCUGAGAGUGCUUUCUGGCAAACAGAGAAUUUUGCUCUCUCUUAUUGUAGUAUAUUGGCAUGGUUUAUGCAAGCUUAUAAUAUAUUUUUUAUUAGCUGAUCAUAAAUGAUUCACUUUGUUCUUUUAUUAAGAAGUAUCUUACACGUGGACAUGGAGUAAAAUGCUGCUGCUUGCUAGUCAAUGUGCCUUAACCUGUUGGGAUUCAAUCAGUUUCUCAGAAGCAUCCGUGCACCUCUUUCAAAUAUUGGUCAUAAACUCAGCAUUUGCCAUUCUGAACCCUUUUAAAGCAGCACAAUCUCUGGUUGAAAACAAUUCCCAAUGCUUGUAGUGCUCGUUGUCACAUUGAUCACAUUGGACCGUGCUACUGUUCAAAUCAGUUAGUCUGCUCCAAUCACUGUCCAGCUCGACAGUAUAUGGGUAGUUGGGGUGGCAGCAUGAGGAGAAGAACUGCAGAAAUUGGGGAGGGGGAGGGUGGGUAACACAGAACUACCAGUGAAUAUUCUAUGAUGUUUUGGAGGAAAAUGAAUUUGAUUAUCCUCUGAACUGUGCAGUGAUUCUGAUUGUGAAGUUAUUGGUAUUUUUGGAGGUACAGUUUGAUAGAAAAGACGAGGGGAAGCAAGUUAAAUUAAAAAGACACAUGAUUGUGAUAGGGAUGGGGAAGAAAUGCAGGUGCACAAGGAGCUGGGAGUGCACACAUUGUUGAAAGUUGACAAUGUUGGGUGUUCAGCUUUGUACCAGGAGGCUUGGGAGUACAAAGACACUGAGUUAUGAUGAACUUUUUUGAAGUGUCGAUUUGCUCUCAACUGGAGUGUUGUGUUCUGCUCUAGUUUAGAAGAAUGUGAUUGGCUUUGGAGGGGGUAAGACAGAGAAUUGUGAUAUUAGUUCCAGGAAUGGGAGACUUCAAAUAGAAGGAUAGAUUAGAGAAGCUGGCAUUGUCUGAUCUUGAAGACGGUGUUGAGUAAGGUUUCCUUCAUGCUGUGUGUAGACUGAAAUCAUUCCUAGGGCAGCAGUUUGAAGACAUUAGAUAAAGGACCAAAAUAUAGAUGAGGAAAACUCUAUGCAACAAAUGAUUAGAAUUUGGAGUGCGCGUGCUACAGAGGAGCAGGCGGAUUGGCUAACUUACUCUUGCUGUUGAUUGACAGAUGGCCUGAAUGAGCAUGUACUGUAACCAUUUAUGAUACUGUCUAAGUGAAAUGGAGCAUAUUCCCCAUCUAGUGGUAGAGGUUUGCAGCUGCAGAUAGUUUUAAAAAUGGAAAGAUCUUAUUAAAAUGUCACCUACUGCACAUUUAAUGAACCAAAUUAGUAAAUGAAAUUCAAGACAUGAAAAGUACAGAACUGUUCAUAUCAAAUAAUCCCAGUAAUUAAAUGCAAAGCUUUGUGCAGAUCAAGUUAUUUGCUGACAAAGGAAAUACAAAACUGUCCACUAAUGCGUGAGAGCACACAGGUUCUUUGUCAAUGAGAGGGUUUGAAAGAUUAUCCUGUAGAAACUAUCUGUGAAGGUUUGCAGUGUGCAGGAGUUGGUCACCCUGCAAACCACUGCAGUGAGAACUUUGGGACUGCAGGAGUUUCAAGAGGGAACUGUGCUGCUAGAAAAUAGUGGGAUUGGCCUGCAGAAUCGAUCGCUCAAAAACAAAACUUGAUUUUAGGAACAGGUUUCCAGGAUAAAGGUUGGCAAAGUGCUUGCUUUCUUGAGGUAAUGGGAUGAUCUAUUUACUGCAGGCAUGACUAAUAUCUUUGAAUGGUGUUGCUCAAAUGGAUACAUCUUCAAUUUUGCACAUUUAAAAAGAUGAAAGAUAUAUCAGAUCUGCAGUCUUACAGUCAGCAACAAAGAAACAUUGCCAGGUCUUUUGAAACUGUAUGAAGGUAUCACUUCUGUAUUCCUUAUUUCACCAACAUAUUACAUGUUAGAUUUCUUUUUUGACUCUUUUUUUAAAAUGCUUCUGUUUGAAGUGCCUCCUGGAUUGCACUUCCUCCAAGUUUGUUGCAGGCCUGUCACCCAAGUGUGGACUUCUUGUGUUAACAAGUCUCAAUUAGUUUCUUGUCCAGUGCUCUCACCCUGACACAAGUUCCUAUCCAGUAGUGAGGAAUGAGAAUGAGUGUCGGCCUACAUUCUCUACUCUGCACGGAAACUUGAGUGGGCUCAGAUGUCGUGUCCAGCUGCGCCAAACCAUCGCCCCAACUGUUCUGCAACUAAGUGUGAAGUCAGAAAAACGUUUUUUGCUGCAUCUUAUGAUUAUCCUCUUGGGUAUUGCUGAUAACAACAGUGUCCUGCAGAUGAAUUUGAUUCCUGGAAUCUCCAGAAUAAGCCUGAUGCAGUUGUAACCUUAGAAGUACCGUCUGACCCAACCUGUUUCUAUGGAUUUCAGUUGAGUUAUCUGGCACCAAAGUUUACAACCCAUUCAACAGAUGGCUUUGAAUAAAAAAUAAAACUAGAAAAAAAGGGAAAUGCUUUCAUCUAAUCUUGCUUUUAUCAGCUCUUGCAUAAUAUUUUCCUUAACCUACACAAUUGUAUUUAUUUGCUGGUAAAUAUAUGGGCAGAUGUGCAAAUAUGUGGGUAUAUUCACAUUCCUCCGCUUUUUAAAAGUGAAGUCUUAAGGAUUUUACUGCUUAAAUCCUCUCACAUUCUAUUUGAGCCAUGAUGUCAGAAUCAUAGAGACAGAUAAUAUCCUGUUUGGUUCUCUGCUCUUGCAAUAAAGCAUCAAUAGUUCUAUAUUGUGCUUAUGGGUGUGUAGGUGUUUGAGGAUAGGAGAGAGGUUGUUUCCUGAGAUUGAUCUGGGAGGCUGAAACAAAAAUACUCUAACAGGAGUACCAUGUACCCAUUCAAUGAUAUCUCCCUGAGGGUAACCUUUACUCACUGACAACCUCUAUAUCACCUCUGCAUGGAAACCACUAGUCUGGCCUUCUGAACUAGAGGAACAAAUGCACCCGGACCUAUGACUUUCUAAGUUUGAAAACGGAGCAGUGAUUCAUUUGACAAGCUGGACGCAUUAGGAGCUGUAUGGUUAUAGUGCAAAAUGAACAUGAUUAAUUUUCAUGUCCCUUAAUGUCCUGAAACAGUAGCUAUAAGAAUACUGCAACAUAACAGCCUGCUCUUGGAUAAACAUUUUAAAAUGAAUUCUGGAAAGUUAAAUUAAAAGAUCACCUGGACUCAGCCAGCUUUUGUGAUUCAAUGGAGUCUCCCCAGUCUGCUUGGGAUUGAGUCAUACGCUGGGAGGAGAAUAGUAAAUUGGGCAAAAAUCUCUCCAUCUUUAGUUUGGAAUUUUUCCUUCAUGUAUUUCACCUUAUUGGCACUAAAUGAUACGCACAACUCGUUCCUUUGUCAUGUUGUUCUUUAAAUCUUUGAGGUUCUCGAGAUCCAUGAUGUAUAAUGACAUGCUGCUUUUAUGAAAUAUCUGUACUUUAUUUCCCAACUUCACUGAUGUUUUCUGAAUGAGAUUUGUCACUAAAGGUUUGUUUUAUAUCUUUCAAAUGGAUCCCUCAACGCAAAGUCAAGGUGGAGAGCCGUUGAUGCCAUUUAGUAAAUUUGAUGUAUAUUUUCAUCAAGCAAGUGAUUCUUGUAAUGCCCAGAAUAAACCAUUUUGAAACCA